GUUGCAGGUAGAUCCCUCUGAAGCACGCCAUUUGACGCAAACGAAGACUUUGCGCGGAAAGAGGUGAUCACUGAUAAAAACCGCUGUAUUUUUGCGAGAAGUUUUCACGUAAGGUGUCAACGUUGUCGGAAUGGCAGCUAGGAAAGGCGCAACAAAAGCCAAGGCUCCAGCCGGGGAUAGCGGUGUUAAAAAAGCUGCCAAGAAAGGGCCCAAAAAAACUGGCAAGAAAGCAGGAAAGAAGGGAGCAAAAGUGACACCAGCGAUAGAGCCAGUGCUUAAGGCAAGCACUGGGUCAGGGACAGGGGGUGACGGAAACCCUUAUCAUUCUGCUGCUCUAGACUCCUCUGCAGAGGUCGAGUCCGCCAUAACAGCAAGCUCUGGUUCCAGAACAGGGGGUAGGGGAAAUCCUUACCAUUCUGCAGCUCUAGAUGCAGGGGGUAAGAGCAAAUCCGUGAAACGCCUUGCUGGAGGAAAGGGCAAGAAAAGCAAGAAGUGAUGACAAAAUCAGGGAAUGACUUUUGUCCGAUCAUUUUGGUUUCUCGUCAUGUUUAUAUCUCACUGAAAAGACAGCAUGUCCCGUAGAUUUAGAGACCAUUUUUUAGAGUUCCCACAAUCCCACUCAUUCACAGCCUGCCUUCCAUCCCCUGUUGUUCAAAGUGGAACAGGCCGCCUAGAUUUCUGUUUAGAUGCAAGUUUACUGACAGAAGA